UUUACCUGAGCAAUGAUGGCGGACAAAAAUAUUUCUGUGUGUGAACAUGUUUGAUAUUUCGUGGUUACUUAAUUUUGGAGCAUCCUAAAACCACUUUGAGAAAAUAUUUUUGUACACGGAAUAAACCGAAAUGGAAAAAGGAAGAAAAAAGUCAGGAAGGGAAGAAGAUAGUCCACUGGUACAGGCAGCAAAGGAAGAGGUUCUGCCAGGGUAUGAGGAAUACCUGGUACUGCUGCAGGAAAGAAAUAGAUUGUUGAAGCGAAUGAGACAGAAAGAUAAGAAUAAGAUAGAUCAAGAGCGGAGAGAGCAGGGGUUCUCGCUGUAUGUGAAUGGCCCUCACAAAGAUGGUAAAUCUACAUCGAAGGUCCCAGGCAAUCAGCCAACCAUUCCUACACAGCCAGCUCCUAAAACUGCUAGAAAGCCAAAGACAGCAGGAGAACAUCCAAGAAAUCAGAACAUUUUGGACAACAGAGCUCUUGAAGAGAUUGCGCGAGAGGAACUUGAACGACAGAAAGAAAUGUCACGUGCAAAGACAGCACCAAGUGCACGUGAAAGAAGAAGAAAUUGGAAUGUUGAUUCUUCAGUUGAAAUUAGAACCACACAGGGUGGCAAGAAAAUUAAAGCUCCUGAAAUUUUGUCAGGGCGUUAUGCUGAUGACUUUGAACCAGAUGAAGAGUCAGAUGAACUGAGAAGUAGUGCUAGUGAAAAUAGUGCUGACGAAUCUCCAACACAGUCUAGAUAUAGAAAACCGCCUGUUCGAAAACCUCCGCCUCCAAGGGAAAGUGACAUGUUUAACAGCAGUGACAGUAUAAACAGUGAGGAGGAUAGCCUAGAACAAGACUCUGAGGGAGAGGGUCUCGAGAUAGAUGCAUCAAAGUUCUCUAAACAGUCUAGCUCUUCACCAAGAAAAUCACAGAAGUCUGUGUCUAAAAAAGGGAGACAACCCAGGAAUGACUCAGAUGAGGAUGAUGAUAGGUUUGGGGGCAGUGAAAAAUUGCUUCUCAGCAUGAAAGAGCUUAAGACUUUGCGGCAAAGUUUGGUGAAAAAUGCAGCAAUACAACAAAGUUUAGCAAGAGACAAUUCAUGUGAUGAUGACUUCAUGCCAGAGUCACCUAUUCCAGAGGUUGAGGAAGAUCUGCCCUCAGAUGAUGACUUUUCACCUGAAGACAGUCCAAGGAAGCAGCUCGACCUAAAGCAACCUAAGAUGAAAGCUAAUGAUACCAUUGUACUAGAAUUUGGUGGAGGACAGUCCUCAAAUAAAAAGGUGGAGAAGAAUUUAAGUGCAGCAAGAAGGAAAGACUUAGAUGAGGGGGAAUAUAAUAGUGGUAUCAGUCGACCCACCUCAGAGAAACAGAACAGAAUACCUCCCAAGACGGUCAAUAGGUCACAGUCUGCUAAAACACUAAUUUCAGAAAAUGCAGGUAAAAAGUCUGUGCGUCCUCUGUCGGCAAAUAGAAGAACACCAGACCAGGUAUGGACAGACCCUGACACAGAAGCUUCAGCUGUCAUGGCUGCCCUGAGGGAGGAAAAUGCCCAGGCUUCAAAGCAUAAACAGACACCAAGACAGAGGUCCUCACCUAGCCAUAUGAGUCAAAACAAGCCACAGUAUGACCGGUCUGAAAUGCCACCAAGGUCACACCAGAUGAGACAGUCAGAGAGUCCAAGAUCCAGUGUGAGUUCAAGUAAUAGUGAGCCGCUAGUGCCAAUGGAGAAAAUCAAUCAAAUCAUGGAAAAGGUGCUUAGGAUGAGUCCAAGGCAUCAAAGACGCUUGGUAAACAUGCUUGGCAAGAUAGAGAAGUCAGUUAUCACUGAAAGUCAGGAAAACCCUGUCCCUAAACCUCGUAGUAAACCCAGAACCUCAACUGAUGGUCCUAUGAGAGCUGUACAUAGAUCUGUUAACAAGAAGCCUUCAGAAGAUGAGAAUGUUAUAGAAAUUCAUAUUGAGGUCACCUCUAAUUGGGGUCAUUCUAUGAGAUUAGGUCUGACAGAGAUACAGGUGUACGAUCAGAACAACACGUUGAUACCAGUAUCUGCGGCUGAUGUCACUGUACAUGGGGCUGAGGAAUGCAAGGGCAGUCUCGAUCUUCUCUUUAACGGAAAAUUCAAGACUAACAAAGAGAGGAAUAUGUGGAGUUGUCGGUACCAUGCAAGAAGACCAGUGGAGUUUAUGAUAAAUGUACGAAAUCCAAAAUCAGCAUCGAGGGAGGAGUUCUCACUGUCUCAAAUGAAAAUAUGGAACUAUAACAAGAGUAUUGCAGACCUUGACAUAGGAAUUAAAGAUGUACGGGUAUUUGUUGGAACUGAACUAGUCUUUAACGGGCCAGUAGAGAAAGGCUGUGGAAAUCAAGUGUUUGAUUACUGCCAUGUGAUUCCACUUAAACCUCAAGGGGCACUCAAAAAUGGUUCUAACCCCGAGGUAGAGGUAGAAAAAAAUGAAUCUUCUGAAGUUCCUAUUCCUAAGAAAAGAAGUAGUAACGUUAGUUCUAGUUCGGCUGAAAAGAUAAAUAGAAAGAAAAUGAUAGAAGAGAAAAGGAAAGACAGUAUGAUCAAAAGGUCUAGUAGAGACAGUGUAGAACUUUCCGUUGAUAAAAGUCGAAAUCGACCUCCGGUUUCACCUAGAGGUGAAAGGUCACCUUCACCUGCUCCUAAGUUUCCAGUAAACAAGUCACCAAGGGAACCAGCUCCCAUCAAUCAUCGUAGUAUUUCACCCCGUCCGAGUCAAGAUCGUAAGAAAACAUUCCGUAGCAUCAGUAUGUCAUCUCAGUCUUCCGCAUCCUCGGGAGGUGAAUCAGCACCAAACUCUCGUCCAACAUCUGGAGUCAAGAGUCCAGCUGUACGUAGUGAGACUAGGACACUAAAUCAUCCAGUUAUGGGAAAGAAUGUAACAAACAGUAAUCAAGGGUCAGACAGUCUGAGUGAAAAUGAAGAUGGCCCGACAAAAGGCAGUACUCCAUCCAAGCAUAGAGGAGUCAAGACUCCGAGGAAAUCCAAAAGAAUGGCUGCAAGAUUCGAUGCUCAUGGCUCAACUGAUGUUGAUAGCUCAAAGUCUUUGUCUGAAAGCACAGAGAAAAAACUGCCUCCACCACUACCUCCGAGAAAAUCAGAAGAAAAGGUCACAAAGAAACUAGCAGUUCAGAAAUCAAGUGAAGACAAAUCGCAGAAAAUAAGCAGCCAAGCUGCCAAAGGUAACAAGACAGGUAAAGAUACAGGUAACAGAGACAAGGUCAUAGAUGAACAGAAGGUGGUUGCUGAUCUCGCUAGGAAACAAGAAUCAGAGAGUGAACUUGAGGAGACUUUGAAAGCAGGUGGAGGCAAUACAACAGUAUCAUCGUCCGUGUCUGUGGCCUCAAGUCAGGAUGAUACACCCAUGUUACAGAAACUUAAAGAUAUGAAUAAAAAAGACCAGAGUAAUUCAAGGAAGAAGGAUAUGCCAAGAUGGUUGAAACAGGAAGAUAUAUCAGCUCCGUUCGAGAACCCACCAGAGAGUAGAGAUGGUGCUCGGCCUGAGCCAGUAAAACAAGAUAAAAAACAAGAGGAGUUCAAACCUCCACCCACCAAGGAAGAAAUCAACAUGCUCAUUGAUGAAGAGAUGUCUUUAUUUCCAGAGCAAAAAAAAAGUGUUAAAGAACCAGAGCAUGCUAUGGAUACAUUAGAAGGUGAUAAUACACCUAUGUCAAGGAUACAGAAGAACCGCUCAAAAUGGCGAGAAAACCCGAGCAUGAACCUUGAGGAAUCAUGGGGAUCAUUGUCCCAGUUUAACAAGUGCCAUCGAGGACGUUUAUCUCUAGACAUGGAUGAUGAUGUCAUGGAUGAGUACAUUAAUAAAGUUGCCAAACUUGCUGGGUUGCCAACAGAACCUGCCAUACCUGAGGAGGAAAACACAGUGGAACAGCCCACCAACAUGAGUAUAGAUGACUCUGAUGAUGAGAACUUUAUGAUACCAGAGUUGCCUUACGGUCGUGAACUUGUGAUCAAUAUUCGUACAACAUGGGGAGAUAAACAUUAUGUUGGCUUUACUGGUAUUGAAGUUUUCGCUUCCACUGGGGAGCAAGUCUCUAUAACAAAGAUACAUGCCGAUCCCAGUGAUAUCAAUAUAUUACCCGAGUAUAAUAAGGAUCCUCGUGUUGUGAAGAACCUUAUUGACGGUACCAACAGAACAAGAGAUGAUAUACACAUGUGGUUAGCUCCCUUUACUGCAGGAAAAGACCAUUUAGUGUUCUGUUCAUUGGAAAAACCAUGUAAAAUUGCUAUAAUUAGAAUAUGGAACUACAAUAAGUCUCGUAUUCAUUCUUAUCGAGGUGCCAAAGAUGUGAUAAUGACCCUUGAUUCAUCUGUGAUAUUUAGAGGAGAGAUUGCGAGGGCCUGUGGAGGAAUAGAGGGUGGUACAGAGGCUUUCGGUGAUACAAUACUGUUUACAACAGAUGAAGGUAUACUUGAGGCCGUAUCACAGAAUGACGAGGCCUAUGAGGGUGAGAUGUUGAGUGAUGAUGAACCAUUUGAUGUAGAAAGACCCUCAACAGCUGAUGCAGGUGAUGAUAAGGAGAGGCCGUUUACUAGGGCAGUAGGCAAUAUAAAACAGUUGGAACGAGAAUUAACUGUGGCAUAUGAGGGAAAUAUGAUGGUCUAUCAUGGAAAAUGUAUAGAGUUAAAUUUCACUGCAACAUGGGGAGAUCUUCACUACUUAGGACUGACGGGUCUCGAGGUUGUCGGGAAGGAGGGUGAAGCAUUACCGGUGAAUGUGAAUAUGAUCUCAGCCAAUCCUAGAGACGUAAGAUCCUUGCCUGGACACGAGAGAGAUGAUAGAACUCUUGACAAAGUGAUAGAUGGAACAAAUGUGACAAUGUCUGAUGAGCAUAUGUGGCUGGUUCCCUUUGCUGAAGGCAAUAAUCAUGUUGUUACCAUAGACUUUGGUGAGAAAGUUUACAUAGCCGGGCUACGGAUCUGGAAUUAUAAUAAAAGCAAGGAAGACACAUAUAGAGGGGCUCGUAUUUUACAUGUUGCUAUAGAUGACAAACUUGUGUCCCCUGAUGAAGGGUUUCUAGUCAGAAAAGGAUCGGGUACCUGUCAUUUUGACUUUGCUCAAGAGAUAUCAUUUACACCACAAUCAUGGAAUCCCACAACUGCAUUAUCUGCCCUUGGGCCAAGCCCAAGUACUGAUGAAAGUCAGAAUUAUGAAGUUGUCCAGAUGCCUUGUGGAUUUAUAUACCAGUUGCAGUUGUUCAGCACCUGGGGUGAUACCUACUAUGUAGGUCUCAAUGGUAUUGAACUGUAUGAUGGCAGCUUACAGAAAAUACAACUCACAGAAUCUAACAUAUCAGCGUACCCUGACAGUGUGAAUGUGCUAGAGAAGAUGCAGAAUGAUGUAAGAACACCAGACAAACUUAUAGAUGGUGUAAAUGAUACCAUGGAUGGAGGUCACAUGUGGCUAGCUCCCAUUCUACCAGGGCAUUUAAAUCGAGUGUAUGUGAUAUUUGACCAGCCUACUACAAUAUCUAUGAUAAAGAUAUGGAACUACAGCAAGACUGCCAACAGAGGUGCUAAAGAUUUUGCAUUAUUGGUAGAUGAUUUACUGGUGUAUAAUGGUGUACUACAAGCAGUAACUCAAGGUGCAAGGGGUAUAUUACCAAACUGUGAAGGGCCACAACCUUACCAUACCAUAUUGUUCACAAAUAACAAAGACAUCCUUAAAAAGGAGAAAAACACAAUCAUUAAUAACCAGACAGGCGAGCAGGAUGUACAGAUGACCAAUGAUAAGAAGAUAGUCAGUCAUUAUAAUGAUCCAAAGAAAGCUCAUUCUGGUAAACCUGUAGAUCAAAAUUUGCGUCCUAAAACCAGUGUGAUUCAUUCAAAGAAAAGAAGAUGAAACUGUCAGUUAGAUCCAGAAAAGUGAAAGUUUGACAAGUUUGCUACCCAUAGCAUUCGAUGAUAUCUUCUUCCAUCAACACAAAAAAAAAAUUGUCAUGUUAUUAUAGCCAACAUGAUAAAUAAAAGUAUAAACAGGAUUUAGAUACAAAUAAAAAUCACAGUAAAAGAUUUAUAAGUCCAGAAAAUAGUGUUGGGGAAAAGGUGUUGCGAAUCAUAGAAAAAGAUGAAAUAGUUACAAAUACUGUAAUCUGUGCUUUCAUUGUUGUGAUCAUUUGUAGAUUAGUAAGAAAUCACAUGAGAAGUUUAAAUUAUCUGUGUGCUUGUUCUGUGCUUUAACUGGUGUAACCUUAUCCAUUCCAUUCAUUGUUUUCGCCACUUUGAAGAUUUUACAUACAAAUUGUUGACAAAAAUGUGCUGACAGACAAAUAAUGUAUUGAAAAGUGUGCAAGUAUUCCAGAAGUCCGUCCCAGUUCAUUGUUUCUGACUUGAAGACGUUACAUCAUUACAGUGCAAACGAUAUAUUGCGAAAUCAUUCAUAUUCAUGAAGGACUCAUUUUCCUGGAUGUUAUGGUUGAAUCAAAAGUAAACCCUAACAGGUCAAAGUUCCAUUGACUUUAUGUGAUAAAAUUGAAAUCUACAAACUCGUAUCCUCUGGAAAAUAGCCAGUUUCCCAAACCAUGAAAUUUCAUGCCCACAAAAUUAAAAUGAUUUCUCUGUAAGCUGUUAAUGUAUGAAGCGUUUUGUAUUAACCAUCACCCUGCUAAAUUUUUAGAAUGAACUGGUCCAUCAUUCAGUUUAGGCAGUACCAUUUAUUAUUCAAAGGGAUGUUCACUGAAAUUUUACUGAAAAGCGAACAGUGCCGGCCAUGAUUAAGCUUGUCUUGGUCUGCACUGGUUGCAAAGUCAAAAUUGCUUGCAGCCAGCAGGCUAAAGGUUAAACCUGCAAAUUGACUUGAAUGUUGGAGCCUUUAUUUGCAUUUAAUGUAAAAUUAAUUUAAGAAUUGAUGAUAAUGAUUUUUUAGCUCACCUGAGCCAGAGGCUCAGGGUGAGCUAUUGUGAUCACUCACCGUCUGGCGUCCGGCCAUUAACUUUUACUUUAAACGACAUUUCCUCAUAAACCGCUAGGCCAAUUUCAUCCAAACUUCACAGGAAUGUUCCCUGGGUGAAGCUCUACAAAAGAUGUUCAAAGAAUUGAAUUCCAUGCAGAACUCUGGUUGCCAUGGCAGACGAAAGGAAAAACUUAAAAAAUCUUCUUCUCAAAACCCAGAAGCCCUAGAGCUUAGAUAUUUGGUAUGAAGCAUUGCCUAGUGGACCUCUACCAAAUUUGUUCAAAUCAUGACCCUGGGGUCAAUUUUGACCCAGCCCGAGGGGUCAUAUGAUUUUACAUAGGAAAAUCUUAAAAAAGUCUUCUUCUCAAAAACCAGAAGCCCUAGAGCUUAGAUAUUUGACAUGUAGCAUCGCCUAGUGGACCUCUACAAAAUUUGUUCAAAUCAUGACCCCCGGGGUCAAAAUUGACCCCACCCCAGGGGUCACUUGAUAUUACAUAGGAAAAUCUUCAAAAAAUUUUCUAAAAAUAAACCAGAAGGCCUAGAGCUUAGAUAUUUAACAUGUAGCAUUGCCUAGUGGACCUCUACAAAAUUUGUUUAAAUUAUGAUCCCCGGGGUCAAAAUUGACCCUACCCCAGGGGUCACUUGUUUUACAUAGGAAAAUCUUCAAAAAAAUUCUAAAAAUACACCAGAAGGCCUAGAUCUUAGAUAUUUGACAUGUAGCAUUGCCUAGUAGACUUCUACAAAAUUUGUUCAAAUCAUGACCCCCAGGGUCAAAUUGACCCCGCCCCAUGGGGUUACUUGAUUGUACAUAGAAAAAUCUUCAAAAUUUUCUAAAAAUAAACCAGAAGGCCUAGAGCUUAGAUAUUUGACAUGUAGCCAUGACAAGUGGACCUCUACAAAAUUUAUUUAAAUCUUGACCCCCAAGGGUCAAAUUGACCCAGCCCCAGGGGUUACUUGAUUGUACGUAGGGAAAUCUUCGUAAGUUUGCUAAAAAUAAACCAGAAGGCCUAGAUCUUAGAUAUUUGAUAUGUAACAUUGUCUAGUAGACUUCUACAAACUUUGUUCAAAUCAUGACCCCCUGGGUAAAAUUGGCCCCGCCCCAGGGGUUACUUGACUGUACAUCGGAAAAUCUUCCAAAAAUUUUCUAAAAAUCAUCAGUUUGACAUUUGAAACAUGUAGCUCAUAUUACUCAGGUGAGCGAUCCAGGGUCAUCAUGACCCUCUUGUUUGUAUGUGUGAACAUAUCACAUUUUUCCAUGAACAUAUCAAAUAUCAUCUCCGUCCAUUUGUUACUGUGCUUGUGCAAGCCAGUCUUUUAAUGUACUGUAGUAUAUAUACCCCAAUAUAUUGCAAGGGAUUGUUAUAAAAAUUCAUGUGCUCUUGUGCCUGUUUUUUAUCAUUCACCUCUUGGUGAAAAACUUAUGAUAUUGUUUUGUUGAUCUGAAACUGUUUGGUGCACCUACUUUAAUAUCUGUUGACUUCAGUAUACAUGUAUAAAAUAUCCUGGGCUGCAACCAAGGGAAGAUUUUAUUUUCUGUUUGAAAAUAUAAGGAUUCUCCACAAUCUUAUAAAUUGUACAUUUAAUAAGGUGGGUUAUCAUUUUUUUUAAAUGCAAGAUUUCAAUAAAACAAAAAGACAGACAACAUUUUUAACGUCUUAGGUGUGGUAGGGCGAACUUACUGUGUUUCAUUUUUAUUUGUUUUACGGAAGAAAAGAAAUCUCAAUAAAUUAAAGUAGGGGAAGCUUGAGCUCAAUUUGUACUAAACAUUUUAUAUAUUAUCAAUAUGAAAUCUUGCUUAUAGGUGCAUAAUGUUUAUACUUUUUUCAGCUUCAUGGUUGUUAAUAUUUUGUGAACUGCUUUUAUUCACAUGCUGUAGUUGUAAAAUAUUCCUGCCUAUUAUUUAUUCAAUACAAACCUUUAUCAGGUUUGUGUAUAUAUCAAUGCAUGUUUGUUUUAUCACUGUAUAGUUAGAUAUGAAGAUUAUUGUUGCAUAUACUUAACUUUAAAAUCUAUGUUAUUUAAUAAAAUCUGAAUAAAAG